AUGGGCGACGCUGACAUCGAGCACCUUAAUCGCGUCCGAGAAGAACUUUACCAGCGCGAUGAAGCAGACGAAAGGGGUGACGACGUCAAGGCCUGCCGUCCCGUGGUUUUGUUCGAGGAAAUUUGCCGUGACGACUUCCGCGCGUGGAUCGAGGACCACCAAGACGACGACGAUUUCCGCUACUGGGACUACGAGCCAUUAACCGUGGAGACUGGCCGCGCCGUGCUGUAUUAUUUCCCGACUGCGGUUCAAACCCUCGCUGUCAGUGAAAUUAUCAACGAAAUCCGAAGUGAAGUUGUCCGCAUUGGAGACGAUGAAGAGCUGUCUGAGACGAUGUUGACGUCUCCGUCCCCAACGCUGCGAUUCGGAAAUCGGCUCCAGAAUGCUGAUGCUGCUUUAGAGCCUCGCCAUGCACUACGUCGCGAUCUUCCGAACGUCGUAGUGCACGCAGCAUAUACAGAAUCGUGGUCGCACUUAGAGAAGAAGCUGCAGAGCUACAUGAUCCCAGCCACUGCGGUUCAAGUCGCCAUCGGGAUCAGAAUCUUCGGAGAAGAGCGGCGGGUCAUGAUCUUCCAGCGCAUUGACGAGAACACCUUCUAUGAAGAUGAGUUUGACCUGACCAGGAAGGAACCUGGAUACUUCAGCAUUCCUGUUGAAACGCUCUACCGCGGAGGAGCCAUCCCGACGUCGUUGGCCGGACACGAAAGCGAGGAGGUGAAAGUGGACCUGGCAUGGCUGCGAGAUGUUAUCGACGAAUUCGAUGGCCGUGCGUGA